AUGAACACGGAUGAACUUCUCAUAGAAUCAGUGCGGGAAUACCCAUUCCUUUACGACGUCUCAGAUCCUGGGUACCAUGAUAAUAGGAAAAAGGACAAUGCAUGGCAACGAAUAUCAGAAAAAUUUGAUUCUUCGACAGCCAUAAUUUGCAGAAAAAGAUGGAUUGCACUUCGAGACAGUUUUCGUAAGGUAUAUAAGAAAAGAAGGAAUAUGUCUGGAGAGGCGGCUAAACUAAAACGACCUUGGAAGUAUGAAAAUAUAAUAUCGUUUAUCAUUCCGCAUAUUGGAGAAAGGAAUCAAGUUUCAAAUCUAACACUUAAUUUUGAGGAGAGCAAUGACUCUAUCAGUCAGACGAUUUCGUUAGAGGACUCAGAUAUCAAUGUCGGUGAUAUCAAGAAAGAAAUGGAAAUUGCACCACAGGGAGUACAGCAAUCUAAUGAUCAGUCCCAACAGACGAUUAUCAAUAAGCGAAAAUCCUUAUCUAAGGUAACAAGUCGCACUCCGAUCGAAAAAGAUAACGAUAAAGAUGCCAAUCAUUCUUCGAUAGGGCAAAUGCCACAAGAUAAUUUCGAGAGUAAAAAGAACAAUGAAUUUGUCGCUCAGACUGACCCUUUGACUGCUUUUUUCAAGGCUAUGGAGGAAACAGUUAGGACCUUUUCCUUACCGAUUCAAAUAGAAAUUAAAGGGAAAAUUGCUGGUCUUGUAAACGAAUAUGAAUUAAAAAAUUAUCAAAUGCAACAAGCAACCUUCAAGUCACCUUAUUCCUUACAUGGACAAUGUUCAAAUUGGUCGCACUCCACAUAUUCGCCUGAUCCUUACUCUUCAACUUCUCCACCUUCAAAUUCUCCCCGAUAAACUCUCUCAGAACAUCAGUGGAUUUUAAUAUUUUUAUCUUGAGAACGGAUCUAUUUUCCGAAAUUAAAGGAAUUAUAUUAUUAAUUAGUGCUAUUUAA